AAAAGUUUGAUGAAUUAGAAUUACUCUUCUUUUGGUAAUAUAGAGGUAGAAGUUGUUGGAUUUAGGGUCAUUUUGGUCAGUUACGCUUGGGCUCUUCACUCUUGAACAAGAAGUUCGCUAUAUUGCGAAUCUGCGAUUGUCCAACCAAACUCUCUCCCUCUUAUGCCCGCGUUUCUUCUGGUGCAUUGUGGUAUGGACGUGGGCAUCGAAUUCAAAGCUGGGGCCUUGUUUCUAUUUCUACAUCGCCGCCUUCAAAGUGGACAUGAUCGUUGAUAUGCCAUGCCACCAGCCCCACCUCCACCUCCACCUCCAAUUCCACCCCCACAACCGCAGCCCAUCUCCAAUCUUACUCACCUCAACAAAUCUACGGCAGCUCUUCCUGACUUUUUCCUCGCGGCUCUAUCACUUUUCGCUUUCUUCUCCUCUUCUUCCCCCUCCAAAUCCUUCAAAUUUCCUGCUUUCUCUAUUCAAUUAAACCCUCGCCGUUUUCUCAAGAUACCUUCCAAUUCCAUGGAAUUCCCCAACUCCAACUCCAAAUCCUUGACCUUCACCUCUCCUCAAUCCCUCUCCGAGUGGCUUCAACCUCGCCUCCCUUCCCAUUCUUUUGCUUCUUGGGGCGUUAUCCCUGGCACCAAGAACCUCCAUAACCUCUGGCUCGAGAUCUCCCAAGGAGAAACUUCCCUUGCCGAUUCCAACCCUCCCAUCCGCAUCCUUCAUGUCCUUUCUCUUCGAAUUAUUGAUAAUCAUCACCGACUUCUCCUUGAAUCCCACCAGCAGCUCUCUGAUGGCACCCUGCGGAAUCGAAAUCGACCCCUGUCCGAGAAAAUGAAGCCCAAUGAGACUCCUGAAUCUGCCGUCUACCGGGCUGUCCAAGAAGAGCUCGGUUCCAUUCUUGCCGAUUCCGAUUGUUCUCCACUUGUCAGGAUUGUUCCAGAUUCCUACAAAUUGAAGAUUGAGGAGCGCGACUCGGUUUCCUACCCUGGUUUGCCGGCUUGUUACGUUUUGCAUUCCAUGGAUAUUCGGGUGGAAGGUUUACCCGAUGGAGACUUCUGCACCGUAGAGAAGGAGGAAUACGUAAAUUCUGAGGAGACAAACAUUGCGGAUCAGGCUGUGUCCGUCAAGAAGCAUUUUUGGAAAUGGGUUAGUCCUGAAUCUGUGGAUUUAUGAGUUCACUAAACCACAGCUUUACUACUUCCUGUCAUACAUGGAAAGAUGAUUAUAUAUAUAUAUAUAUAUAUAUAUAUAUAUAUAUAUAUAUAUAUAUAUAUAUAUGUAUGUAUAUAUUCUGUUUAUCUAAUUCCAUGAGCUGCAAUUUGUUCUAUUUCGUCCGUUUGUUAAUAAUGGAUCUAACUUGGUGAAAGGCUAGUUUCACAUGAAUCCCAAUGAAGCUUAUGUUUCGUAAACAAACACAGUCAGCACCAGAAGGUAAUGGGGAAUAAAGGUUUCUAGCCUGUUUCAACCAUAGUUUGGCAUUGGAGUAGAUACUCUUCUCAUAUUAGUUAGGUCUUAAAGGCAAUAAGCUUUGGAUAAAAAAUGUAUCAGUACAUAUAGUAGUCUAUACUCAGGCACCCAUGGAUAUUACAGAAGCAGAGGAAACAUUAGGAAACUUGGAUUAUUCACUUGAUAUAUAUUCAUCAACAGUCUAGGCCUUCUCUUUCUGCUAUAGAUAAAACGAUGUUUCCUGGCAGACUUCCUUACUUGAACAAAAAGGUUGUACAAAUGUGUCCUUGAGUUCUAAGAGAUCAGGUAGACGUUGCGGUAUGUUCCCAGCUGAUAUUUAGUAAGGUUGUUUUGGAACUUGAAGGACUCCAAUGGAACAUUUUUUACCUUUGCUUGCUCCUCUAUGUUACGUUUGUGGAAGUCAAUUUAAGGCCUAUCAAGGACAUAGAGCCAUGAGCCAAAGUGGCUUCUUGGUUCAAAGAGAAGAAGCGCUUGGACAAGAGGAAACAAAGUGAGACUUCGACAAAUAAUCUUAGACUAAUUAGUAAGUAAUCGGUCGGAUAACAUUCUAGGAAUGAUGGACGACUUCACUUGCUAAUUAGCAAUCUUCUCUAAUUAUAAUAUAUGAGCUUGAGAAUUAACACCAUCCCAUAUAUUUAGCAUGUAAGUUUGAUAUUUCCAGAAAUAUUUAGAGAUUUUCACAUUGUUCAUAUAUGUGUAGUUGAUGUUUGUAAAUUUUUUGUAUUUUCUAAAAUAUUUUGAAUAUAAUUAGAAGCUACCAAUAAGAAUAUAUAGUAAUAUUUCUUGAUUUUAUUUCUUUA